AUGCCAGUGAAGGAAAGAGGCCUCAAUGGCAUAUUCAGAGACUUCUCCACACUUCAGUAUGGACCCUCCCUCUCAAGGAAAGGGCUACCUGGAAGUUUAAAAGAGGAGGAUUUGAAGACUGGGCUCAGAUAUCCUGGACGUGAACAACAGACACAGGCCAGAAGUAGCACCACGUCUGAAUGGAGGUGCCUCAGCUAUGUCAGUUUUUUUCUGACCAUUCUCCAUUACCUAACACACCAGGGACCCCAUGGCCCUGCCUCAUCGAGUACCAAGCUGUUGAUGACAAGCUAUUCCGUAUGCUCCACUGUGGUGUCUUGUUAUGCCCACACCUUGGUCACCUCUAUCCCCUUCAAUCCACAUACUGAAGCCCAUGAAACCAUCUUUGAUGUGAAUCUGCCUCACGUCGCUUUUAUCUCCAACUUCACUCUGACCAUCAACAAUAAAGUCUGUGUUUCAGAAAUAAAGGAGAAGCACCAGGCAAAGAAAAUCUAUGAAGAAGCCUAUCAUCAAGGAAAGAUAGAUGCUCAUGUAGGCAUCAGGGAUCAGGAAUCAGAAAAACUCCGAAUCUCCACUAGCCUGGCAUCAGGGACAAAGGUAACUUUUUCUCUGGCCUGUGAGGAACUACUGCAGUGAAAUUAGGGCCAGUACCAGCUGGUGGUAAGCCUGAGGCCUGAACAACUGGUGAGGAAGGUAAAUAUAGAAAUCACUGUGUCUGAAAAAGGCAUCGCUUAUGUGCACAUACCUCCACUAAGGACCAGCUGAGUACACACCAAAGACAACACAAGUCAGGCCGACUUGACCCCAUCCACCAGGAUGCAGAGUGGAGAGACUUGUGUCCGUAUCACGUUCUCCCCAACACUGCAAGACCAGUCUGCUUUCUCCAGCUCAGGCACCACGGCCAACUUCAUUGUUCACUAUGAUGUGGUCAUGGAGGACAUCAUUGGAGAUGUGCAGGUGUAUUUACGGUGCCAUUUUAUACAUUACUUUGCCCCCAGAGGCCUCUCUCCUGUGGAGAAGAAUGUGGUGUUUGUUAUUGAUGUGAGCGGUUCCAUGUUUGGAACCAAGUUGCAGCAGACUAAAAAAGCUAUGAACAUGAACCUCAGUGACCUGCAAACCAAUGACUACUUCAACAUCAUUGCCUUUUCUGACACAGUAAGCAUCUGGAAAGCUGGAGCCUCAAUCCAGGCCACUGCCCAGAAUAUCCACAGUGCUAAGGACUACUUGGAGCACAUGGAAACUGAUGAUUGGACUGAUAUGAAUGCAGCUCUACUGGCAGCUGCCUCAGUCCUGAACCACAGCAACCAGGAGCUUAGAAAGGGACCCAGCAUGUGGUAGAUUCCUCUUAUCAUGUUCCUGACAGAUGGGGAGCCCACAGCUGGUGUGACAGCUCCCAGUGUGAUCCUUUCCAACAUCCAUCAGGCCCUGAGCUGCAGGGUAUCACUUUUCAGCUUGGCCUGGGAUGAUGCUGACUUCUCACUACUGUGCUGCUUGUCCCUAGAGAACCAGGGAGCAGCUCGACACAUAUAUUAGGACACAGAUGCAGCACUGCAGCUACAGGGCCUCUAUGAGGAGAUUCCCAUGCCUCUGCUGGCAGAUGUGCAUCUGGACUACCUGGGUGGCUUGGUUGGGGCCUCCCCUUGGGCCCUUUUCCCUAAUUAUUUUUGUGGCUCAGAGCUAGUAGUGGCCAGCCAUGUGCAGCCAGGUGAAUAAGAACUGGGCAUCUACCUGGCAGCCCGUGGCCCCAAGGGUCAGCUUCCUGUGGCCUGCGAUACUGAGAAAGCCACCAAUAGCAGUCAGAAAGACUUUGGUUGCCCAGGGGAGCCUGCCCUCGAUGUGGCCCACUUUAUCCACCACCUAUGGGCCUAUGUUACUAUUGGAAUCCAUGACACUACCACUUGCCAUCUUCUGGCUGCCAAAGUCCUCAGCCUAUCCCUUGAAUACAAUUUUGUCACACCUCUGACCUCACUGGUCAUGGUGCACCAUGAGAAGUCCAACGAGGAAGCCAUGAGACAGCCAUCCACCACAGCUGGAACAGACACCAUCACACCCUCAUCCAACAGCAACCAUGACCUAGGAGCAGGCACAGCACAACCAGCCUUGGUCCCCAAGGUAUCUCCCAAAUCAAAGCCUGUGAAUCCAACUUCAACUACUACUCUUGCUACAAAGAAAGUGCCCAGUUCCAAAGAGCUACAGCCACUGGGUCAGUGCCCUAGUAGCCUAUCAACUUCAGUACAACCAAACUCCAAACUAGUACCACAUGAUUCCAGCACCUUGGCACCACCAACUUUCAAGAUAAAACCUCUUGCCAUUAUGCCUUCAAGUCCUAAUGUCCUGUUGCCUCUGAAGCCCAGCACACCAUUAUACCAUAAUCCUGGUAUUGCAUCACCCAUUAAUUCUAAGACACAUGUCUUUCUGAAUCCUGUCAGCCCAGCCCACCCCAGUGUUGGCACUAUGAAACACUUUAUUUGACAACAUUUCAAACCUUGUGCUCCAUCACAACCCAAGCCAGAAGCUGCAUCAUACUCUUAACCUAGGGAACCUAUAUCACAGACACCCAAAAGCCUGACAAAACCAAAAUCUGUCUCCAUACUUCAAAUACUCAAACACCCAUUACACAUCAAACCCAAGGUUUCCGUUCCUAAGAGCCCCCCAAAUCUACCACACCCUAGACCUUGGAUCAUCCUGCUCAAGCCUACUAAAAUCUCUUCAUCUCUUAGACCUAGCGUCCCAUCUCAUCCAACUUCUAUGAAUUUAUCACUUUUUAAGCUUAGAACCACAAGUCCCUAUAUCCUCCAAACCCUUCUACCCCCUAGAACCACCAGACCCAGGCCACUACUUAGUCAGAGCCUCAGAACAUUCCCAGAUACACUCUCAAGUCCCACAGGUUCCAGCAGCACUGUGACCACUUCUGACCUUGGAGAACCUCUCCCUUCUCCUUUUACUCCCACUGUGCCAUCUCUGCUGCCUGAUGGAAGGCUCUGACAUCAACAAGACCUGCUUCUAGGACCGAGGAGCACCAGCAUGCUCCCUGGGGCCAUUGGUCUUUACCUUCUCCCAGAGGAGCUACAGCUGCUACCUGAAUCAAUGGUAGAGGUCAAGUUCAUGGAGUCCUUGAACCCACCAUCUUUCUAUACCUUCCUCACUCAUGACAAACACAGAAGUCUACUUUGGGAUGAUGAUUCUGAGGAGAUCCUGGGAGAACCUGAAGGCAAAAUGGAAUCCCAGGGAAGUUCUAUGUAGCUAGUAAAAGGCACACUGCCAGGUGUCUUUACCUUCUCAUCCUCUGCAGAUGGAGACCCCCACUUUGCCCACAUUAUAUGUUCAGAAGACAAGAUAUAUUUCACACUGGAUGGGCACCCAGAGGACCUGAUGCAGCUCAUAGAGGACCCAAAGAUAGGGCUGCAUGUGAGUGGGCAGCUGCUUGGGGCACCACCAAAACCAGGCCAUGAGGACCAGACCUGUACAUAUUUCCAAAUCAUCACAGUAAUUUCAGAUAAACCCCGGGCCUACAGUGUUCCAGUCAGCUGCAGUUCCAUAUCUGUGUGAGCAGAGGGCACCUUGCACUUAUCCUGGGACCAACCUGCCCUGGUAAAGAAGUCCCAGCUGGAGCUCCAUGUGGCUUCUGCAGCCCAUCUCACCCUCCAUCCUGGGCCUAAUCUUGAGUUCCUCAUCCUUCGGCACCACUACAGACAUCCCAGCAUACUACAGCUACCCCACUUGGCGUUUUAUGUGGCCAAUGCCUCACGCCUCAGUUCCUUAGGCCUUGGCCUGAUGGGGCAGUUCCAGCACACAGACAUCUGGCUGAUAACAGGACCUUAUUUACCGAAACACCAUGGCCCAGGUGUGCCUGUGGUGCUAGGCCAGAGACUGCUGAAGGAGUCACCAAGGCUGCUGCCCUGCUGGACUUCAUUCUCAGGUAAGCAUUCUUCUACAGGGCAGUUUCUGGGUCAGCCCUACCUUGCCUAUGUUCUGUGA